UUCACUGACCAAAAUAUCAAAGUCAUCACUUACUGAUUUGUCAAAUUUUUUCUCUCCUCAUUUUAGUCCCCACAAAAAGCAUUAUCCCAGAUCAGUCUUCCCCUUUGCAGUCAAGUCAGCAAUGGCGCAGCCGGUGAUUUUCUGCCGUGAAAUAUCCGCGUCGCCGGCGAAUUGCACAUCCUAUUCACCAUUCCAUCAAGUGGAUGGUCAAAGCAGUGUACCCUUCGCAGCUUCUUGUUUAAGGGUACCCAAAAAUUGUUCACUAGUAGCUGCUAGAUGCUCCUUGAAACCAUCUAUGAUGCCUUCAGCAUUGGUCACUUCUAGGCCCCAACAAGUGUCCACAGAUCCUGUUAAUGUUGUUUGUGACGGAAAAAUUGGUGUUUUGUUGCUUAAUCUUGGUGGCCCUGAGUCUCUUGAAGAUGUGCAGCCAUUUUUAUUCAAUCUUUUUGCUGAUCCUGAUAUUAUUCGAUUGCCAAGGCUGUUUCGGUUUUUGCAAAGGCCGCUUGCGCAAUUCAUAUCUGUUGCUAGAGCACCUAAGAGCAAAGAAGGUUAUGCUUCAAUUGGUGGUGGCUCUCCUCUUCGACGGAUAACUGAUGCUCAGGCUGAAGCCUUGAGAAAAGCACUGUGGGAAAGGAAUGUGCCUGCAAAGGUGUAUGUUGGUAUGCGCUACUGGCAUCCAUUCACGGAGGAAGCCAUUGAGCUGGUAUUGUUUCUUUGAUUUUCUUUUGUAAAC